UUGAGUCGGUUUCAUGACGCUGAUUUACUGUAGCUGCUCCUCUGUGAGAACUAGCAAACACACAUUGAAAUUAUGUAGCACACAGAAGAAAGACUUUACCCCGCUGUGACCCGCUACCGUUAGCUAAUGUUACAGCCCCUCACCUCGGCUGGUUAUUAAAGUACUGCGGCUCCAUUUGCUGCUAGCUAACUAGCUUAGCCACACGCUAGCAAACAAGCUGGUGUGAGUUUGAGAUGUGUGCUGCUGCUGUUUGUUUCUCUCUCUCCCUCGUCUUGACUCAGCUGCCGGGCGGCUAACCUAACACCCAACACUACAGUUCCUGUCCGCAUCAUCCAUCUCCUCUUAUGCUGUCGUCGCUACCAGGUGUCCCAGCUGAAAGAUGUGGCAGAGUGUCGGGCUCACACUGCUGGUCAUUGUGGCCACACUUGUCUGUGCGCUGCUCUUCAUGCUGUUUGGUUGGUAUGUAGUCUGGCAGCUCUUCUUGUCCAAGUUCAAGUUCCUGCGUGAACUUGUCGGGGACGCUGGCACCCCACAGGCCGAAACGCAGCCGUCCGAAACCAAGAGUGAACGCACAGUUAACGCCCCAACAAGAAAUCGGCCUAGGACCGCACGCCAAAGAGUCGCCUCUCCGGAAAGUACUUCAUAGAUGAUCCAGACAGCCACUGUGUAUCCUUCACGUCUACUCGUCAGCCCUCUACAAACGUCGUGUGUGUGACCAUCACAGACAUUUCCCACUCACCCUGUGCUCUACACUACACAAGGACCUUGUGGACACUCAGUAGUCAGCCCUCCUCUUCACCAGGACACUUUAAACUGACCAGGCAGACCUCCUGGUUUCAAAGGGAAAAGCCAUUCACUUGCAUUACUGUCCAUUUCUUUGUCUGUUCAUAUGUUUAAUUAUGUACAGUCAUAUAUGUACCGGAGUCUGGGGCUCCUGUUAUCCUGCAAUAGUGAUGGCCAGCUUUCAUGAGUGGCCAUGCUGCUUCCUGCCACCUAUAUGGAGCAUAAAGAUGCUCCAUCACACAAAGAGAUGUGUUAAUUCUCUUAUGUGCAUGUUUUAAUCUAGUGUUUUUAACAGAAGAAAGUUGUACUCUGAACAAACAAGGAAGAUAACUUAAACAUUUUCUCAUCUACAUCAUGUCAACAACUGACUCUGAAACAGUGACUUGGACACCUGACAGUUUUUAUUUUCUUUAAAGCGUAGCAAAGUGCAAUGAAAGGAAUGUUUAUGCUGUCAUCUUGUUGUUUCUUGCACAGUACACUCUACGUAUUAUUACAUGUAGGUAAUGGCCCAAAUGACACGGCUUCAUUCCAGUUGUGUAAAACGUGACCUUUUUCUUGUAACUUCUCCUUCACCUCCCCCUGGUUUUUUUUAUUUUUUUUUUUAUUAAUUAUAGAUUUAUACUUGAAGAGUCAGUAGAAAGUUUCAAGGACUGUUGGUGUUAAGAAGCGGCUCUCCACAGUGUUGGCUGAUGUCUAGGAGCAAAGAAACGAGGCUCCUGCUGCCUGGGAGGUGUGUGAGCCCUCUUUCUUUCCCCAUGCCUGUGUCUGCACCGCUGCCUGUCUACAUGGCACCCACUGUUUGUUACGUGGCCUCCUUUUUGCUCAGACAACUUGCUAGCUUGUUUUCCAUCACAUGGAAAAUCUACGCUGACCAGAGCUCAGUCAACACAUAUGUAAUAUUCUCCCUCCAGGUUUAACUCAUGUAACUCUUGCACCUUUUUAUCAGCAGUGAUUUUUCUUCUUCUUCUUCAGUGGAGCAGUAGCUUCAAAUAAUUAACGCCAUAAAUAUGUUGAGGCCUGACCUCCUUUUAGUGGAAAAGUGUUUGAGGAAAACGUCAUUCUGGAGGAGAUGUGAUUGAUGGUUCAAAGUACUUUUUUUUUAUUAGCUAUAAAUUCCCCUGUGUAAUAAACAUACAAAAUACUUCAUAAA